CACCACCUUUUUCAUCGCAACCAUAAUAUAAACCAGUUAGUUGCUUAGUUCCAUAUAUUGAUAGCCCUACUAUAACAAUUCCCUUAGUUGGUUUCUCUUGCUAUAUGUCUUAAAAGAAGAAAAGAAAAGACAAAAACCACCCAUGAAACCAAUUUCUCUUAUAGUGUAGUUAAAGCAAUUAACUACAUAUAUCUUGAAAAUAAUUGCAGUUGUAGAAGAGAAAGGAGUGUACAUCCAACCCAACAGAAAAUGAGAGCAGGAAUAUGCAGUGUGCAGCAAGCUCUUACUGCUGAGGCUGCAAAUAUAGUAAAGCAAGCAGUUAGCCUUGCUAGGCGUCGAGGCCAUGCCCAAGUCACUCCUCUUCAUGUGGCAAGUGCUAUGUUGGCAUCUACAAAUGGCCUUCUCAGAAGAGCUUGCCUUCAAUCCCAUUCUCAUCCUCUCCAAUGCAAGGCCUUAGAGCUUUGCUUUAAUGUUGCUCUAAAUCGCCUACCUGCUUCCACUUCCAGUGCGUUGUUAGGUCCUCAUUCUUCUUAUCCUUCCUUAUCUAAUGCCUUGGUUGCAGCUUUUAAGCGUGCUCAGGCUCACCAGCGUCGAGGCUCCAUUGAAAACCAGCAACAACCCAUUUUAGCUUUGAAGAUUGAGAUAGAACAGCUCAUAAUCUCUAUUUUAGACGACCCGAGUGUUAGUAGAGUUAUGAGGGAAGCUGGUUUCUCAAGUACCCAAGUGAAGAACAAGGUAGAACAGGCAGUUUCUUUGGAGAUUUGUUCUCAAGGCACUACUGCUACAAGUUGCCAGUCUAAAGAAAUCACUAAACCUCAAAUUUUUAGCACUAAUAAUGUGUCUCCGUCUCUUCCUUUUAGUCAUUAUGGAGUCACACUAAGCAAGCCAUUAGAUCAUGAGGUUAGUAAUGAUGAUGUAAUGAGUGUUUUAAACACAUUGAUGGAGAAAAAGAGAAACACAAUCAUUACAGGAGAAUGUCUAGCUAGUACAGAAAGUGUAGUUAGACUAGUCAUGAAUAAGAUUGAGAGAGGCCUUGCUCCUGGGGAGUUGAGAGCGAUGCGGUUCAUAAGCUUUCCUCUCAUCUCUUUGAGAGAUCUUCCACAAGAGGAGGUUGAGCAAAAGCUUGUAGAGCUUAGGUGCACAGUGAAGAGCUAUUUGAAUAGAGGGGUUUUCUUAUAUUUGGGUGAUAUCAAAUGGGUUGCUGAGUUUUGGUCGGAAUACGGUGAGCAAAGGAGAAGCUAUUACUGCUCUGGGGAGUACAUAAUCAUGGAGCUGAAAAGAUUAAUCCGCGGAAUUGGUGAAACUGAAAGGCUGUGGCUCAUGGGAGUUGCAACUUUCCAGACAUACAUGAAAUGUAAGUCAGGCCGCCCUUCUCUAGAGACUAUUUGGGAAUUAUAUCCUCUCCCAAUUCCAGUUGGUAGCCUGAGCCUGAGUCUCAAUCUUGACAGUGACCUACAAUGUCGGUACCGAAGCAAAGUAUCUACCAAUGGAUAUGGUUGGCCGAAGCUCGAAUCUGCAGUUGAUAAUCACUCAACUUGUUUCACAGACUUCAAUGUCAAUUUCAAUAGAGAUGCUCAAAGCAUAGGUUGCAGUCAGAGGGAGUUCACUACCAAUUUUACAGUUUCCACUAGCUCAAGCUUGCCUUCAUGGCUCAAGCAGCAUAAAGUAGAGACAGAAAGAAUCACUAUUGAUGAUAAGGAAUAUUGUACGAAUACAAGCCCUCUUCUGAAGAAAUGGAACUCAUUUGGCAGCUCAUUUCAUAAUAAAGAAUCUCACUCUCCUCCAAAAACCAUAAAGUUUGCUUCAUCUCCUGCUUCCCCAAUUUCCAUUUCUUCCCAUGAGUGCAACACCAACAUAAAUCAAGCGCCUUUAAGCUGGCCAGUCAUUUUCGAGCCAAGACAGUUUCAGAAAGAGCAGAAGAUUUGGUUGUCUGAAUGUAACAAUGCCGAAGGCUCUGAAAGCAAUUUGAUUAGCGUUACCAAACCAGAGCUUUUAUCAAAUCCUAACUCUAGCCCAAAUUCAGCUUCUUCAAGUGAAGCAGUGGACGGCACAGAAGGCUUACAAAGCUUCAAGGAGCUCAAUAACCAAAACUUGAAGAUUCUAUGCAGUAGCUUGGAGAAAAAGGUUCCAUGGCAGAAAGAUAUUAUUCCCGAAAUCGCGACUGCCAUUCUUGAGUGCAGGUCCGGGAGGAGCAAGAGCAAACGCAAGUCCAAUAACCGAGCAGAAAGAGAAGAAACUUGGCUCUUCUUCUUAGGAGUUGAUUCUGAAGGAAAGGAAAAGAUUGCAAGAGAGUUAGCCAGACUUGUCUAUGGCUCCCAAGCAAACUUUGUUUCAAUUGGUCUAAGCAACUAUUCAUCAACAAGAACUGAUUCAACUGAUGAAUCCAAGAAUAAGAGGGGUAGAGAUGAGUUGGGUUGUGGUUAUCAUGAGAGGUUCGGCCUUGCAUUGAAUGAGAAUCCUCAUCGAGUAUUCUUCAUGGAAGAUGUGGAGCAAGUUGAUUACUGUUCUCAAAAGGCAAUCAAGAAAGCCAUUGAAAGUGGAAAAGUAGCACUUCCUGGUGGCGAAAAUGCUCCUCUGAAAGAUGCCAUUAUCAUUUUCGGUAGUGAAAGUUAUAGUUCAGCGUCAAGAGCUUGUUCACCUUCAAGAAGAGUAAAAAGUAGUGGGGAGAAAGAAGUCAAGGAUGAAGAGGAUGAAUCAGAUGAGAAGAACAAAGUUCUCUCACUUGACUUGAACAUUGCCAUUGAUGUUAAUGACGAUGAUGAAGAUGAAUACUCAAACAUUGCUGAUAAUGGAAUCCUACAAUCUGUUGAUAGGCAAAUUCUUUUCAAAAUUCAAGAACUGUGAUAGGGAGGGGGUAUACUUCAUAUAAGUUAAUAUUUAGUGAUGAGCAGUUCUUGUUCUUUCUUUUUUGUUUUUCUUUUACUUCAUUUUUUUUUUCUCUUCUUUGCUUUUAAAUUUUGUGGUAGCUUUCUUUUGAUGGGGGGAGAAAGAAAGAAAUUAAACUAACUUGGGAAACAAAAGAAGAAAAAUCUUUAACUAAGGAGAGGGGGUUUAGUAAUGUAGGAUGGUGUAUAUUUAUUAAUGUUCAUUCUGGUUGUUACUUGUAAUGGAUUAUGGCACUUCUAA